GAGAACUCGAGCCAUUCCUAAGCCAGCGAAUCCAUUAGAGUCUCGAGAAGGGUCACUGAUCUUGCUAAAAAUGUCCAAUUGAUGCCCAAGAUGACAUCACCUGCCCGCGACCUUCUCCUCAUUCAAAAUCGAAGAAGCUUUUGGAUAUCGGUGCAAAAUACCAAUACCUUGGCUAUCUAUCUCUAUCUAUUAUCCAUACCUCUUGCCAGUAUCAUCCGUUUAUCGGUUUCCAAACAUACCGUCGUAGAAGAUGAUGAGACUAUCUGUCGUGCUACUGGUCUUCUUUGGCUUGUCAGGAGUUCUUGGUCAGGAUGAGAUCAAGUGUAACUCCACUGACUGCAUCUCCUGUGUAUCAGAAUUUAACUGUGUGUGGAUGGUGGAUGGUACCUGUAUAGAAGGCUGUGGCAGCUUCCCCAACAUUGAUUGCUACUAUGAGCGAAUCUUUAAAACAUCCACAGCUGACAAUCCAGCAGAAGAAAUAAUCACUGUGGCUGAAAUUUGCGAGGCGUGGGACUACAAUAUCACGGACAAUGAAGCCUGCUUUGAGGAGACCACGGGAGAAGAUUGUCUGAAGCAAGCUGGAUGUGACUGGAAAAUGGGCAUCAUAGAAAAUGCAGAAGAUCGCAAUUGGUGUGCCCUGGAUUUGCACUAUGUGCCGGUGCCUCCUCCCUGUGUUGCGACAACCUGCACUGACUGUCUUGAGGAUCCCACCUGCGUCUGGAUGAAGGGUGAUACCUGUGAAACAUCAUGUGACGGCCGCCCUAAUAUUGACUGCUAUGAUCCUCUCACGUUUGGGGCUGGUGCAGAUGCCGCUUCCGAAAUAUGUCAAGUAUACAAUGAAAGUAUGGUGGCCAAUGAGGAAUGCUUUACCCAAACGACAAAGGAUACUUGCUUUGGUCAAAGCGGAUGCCAAUGGGUAGGGGAGGCACAAGGUUUGGGACAUUGCACUCUGGCCAUUGAAAAAACAGAUCCAGAGGCUGUCAAUGAUGGAUCCAGUGGUGCCUGGUCGUCAACAUCAUUCUCUUCAGUCUCUUUUGUGGUGGCCUUGUUUCUUUGGAACCUCAGAUACUAGCAUUGGAGAAGACAUGGAUGUGAGACAACAAGAAUUUGUGCAUGAAAAAGAGAGAGUGAUUUUUCUGUUUGCUUGAGUAGGACCGAGAACGAUCUGAGUGUUCCUGUAGUAUCUAUUUUGUGAUUUGUGGCUAGUGCCUAAACUGUAUAAAUCUUUUUUUUAUCGUUUG